AUGGCUGUACCACUGAAUACAACACUAACAGUUUCAUGUGAUAUGUCUGAAGAAGGUUCAGGACCAACAAUUGUUCAUAGUACAGGUGUUCAAAAUUAUCGUAUUCAUCCUGGACUUAUCCGAAUUUUACAAAAAACAUUUGCAAAUGAUAGAUUAUGUGAUCAUGAGGAAGGUGUUCAAUGUAUUGAUCCACCAGCAAAUGUUAUUGAGGCAUUUGAAAAUGCUGGAUUUUCUGUAGAAGGAAUAUCAGAAUCUAGUGAUCGUAAAAUAUGGAUGUUAACAAAAACAAGUGGAGAUGAUGAUGAUGAUAAUGACGAAUAA